AGAAAAACAAAUUUACACUGCAACAGCCGUAACUAAAUAAUUGUGCAUUAUUAACAUUAUUUGACGAUGCCAAAGGUGAAAACAGAAAAGAAAAGUCGCAUACACCAUGAAGUGCAAAAGCAAGGCAUUGUGUUCAACAAGGAUUUUGGCCAGCAUAUAUUGAAGAAUCCCUUGGUCAUAACUACAAUGUUGGAGAAGGCGGCACUGCGUGCCACCGAUGUGGUGCUAGAAAUCGGUCCCGGCACAGGCAAUAUGACUGUGCGAAUGCUGGAGCGUGCCAAGAAGGUAAUUGCCUGUGAAAUCGAUACACGUCUGGCGGCCGAGCUACAAAAACGUGUCCAGGCCACACCACUACAGCCCAAGCUGCAAGUGCUCAUCGGUGACUUUCUGAAGGCGGAGCUACCCUUUUUCGACCUGUGUAUUGCCAACGUGCCGUAUCAGAUCAGUUCGCCACUGAUAUUCAAGCUAUUGUUGCAUCGUCCGCUUUUCCGCUGUGCCGUCCUGAUGUUCCAGCGUGAGUUUGCGCAGCGUUUGGUGGCCAAGCCGGGCGAUAAGCUCUAUUGCCGUUUGAGCGUCAAUACGCAACUAUUGGCACGCGUCGACAUGCUGAUGAAGGUGGGCAAAAACAAUUUCAAACCGCCGCCCAAAGUAGAGUCGAGUGUGGUGAGACUGGAGCCAAAGAAUCCACCGCCACCCGUCAAUUUCACCGAAUGGGAUGGCCUCACCCGCAUCGCAUUUCUACGUAAAAAUAAAACGCUAGCAGCGACAUUCAAAGUGAACUCUGUGAUGGAAAUGCUCGAAAAGAACUACAAAUUAUAUCGCUCACUGAGGAAUGAGCCACUUGAGGAGAACUUCAAUAUACAGGAGAAAAUCAUUGGCAUACUAGAUGAGCAGGGCAUGGGGCAAUCACGAGCGAGAUCUAUGGACAUUGAUGAAUUUAUGCGACUACUGUUGGCUUUCAACUCGGCUGGCAUACAUUUCAACUGAAUUGCUUUAGAGUAUCGUUAAUUGUUUAAUAUAACUAAUUUAAGGGAACAAGUUCGUAACUAUCGUUAUCUUUGUAUGCAUACAAAUACAAAAUGUUACACACAAACAGA